GCGAUCGACGUUAUCACUGCCGCCGACGCCGUAUCACCGUUGUCGUUACAAACAAUAACUAUUCAUUUUUGCAUUUCCACACUAAAUAUUUAAAUCAUACCUACCUAGACAUAUUAUUAUGUAAAUAUUAAAUAAGUCUAUGACUUAAUACCUACAGCUUACGCAAUAAUAAAUUCAUUAUUAUUAUUAUCAGUUAUCACUACAGUCGUCCGUCUGCAGAAAUAAACUAAAAAUAACAAUUUUACUUUAUGUUUAAUUACAUUAAGUAAACGAUUUUCUAUGCUGACCGACACGAUUUUUAAUUAUUGCUAUUUUCAAGUAGAAACGAUUUAUAACAAUAGCGCACGAUUUAACCAAACUGGAUCAAGACUCAAACUACCUACACCACUCUACAGUCCUCACUAGAUUUGUAUCUAUGACGAUCGUACUUUUAUUGUUGUUGGACGUAGGUGAUACUUCAACAAAUUGUGAUUGUAUUCUGGAAGUUUGUCGAUUGAAGUGAUUGAGGUGGAUAAUUAUGUCACUAUGUUCACAGUACAAGAUUAACAAUUGCUACCCCCUCACUACUAUUGAGACUACGUAGACAGCAAAAACAGUUUAAAGACCGUCCACUCUUUUACCACAAUGUUUUUCAGGGUCAGACAUCAGAAAAUGGUACAUGUGUACCUACUUGUACUUGUGAUACUAGGUAUUUUAGUGGUAUUGGGUGCAAUGAUUGCAUACCACGCAUUGUUACGUGAACAGCAUUUUCAAAUUCAAGUAGCUGUAGCCAAGUUGGCAAGUGGCGAUAGUAAUUAUCAGCGUUUUGAUUCAUCCGCCUCACAGUACCACCAAAACUCUGUCAUGAUUCUAGAAGAACAAAAGCCUCUGGUAAUCUACAAUAGGGUGCCCAAGACCGGAUCCACAAGUUUUGUCAAUGUGGCCUAUGACCUGCAUUCCUAUAAUGCAUUUCGAGUCCUUCAUGUAAAUGUUACAGGCAACUCGCAUUUGCUUUCCAUCUACGAUCAGUUCCGGUUCAUUGACAAUACUACACGUUGGAUGAGGCCCGCAUUUUAUCAUGGCCAUUUUGCAUAUAUUGAUUUUGAGAGAUAUGGAUACAAGAAGCCAUAUUAUGUUCAAUUGUUACGCAAACCUUUGGAUAGGUUGGUUUCGUAUUACUAUUUCCUACGGUACGGUGAUGAUUAUAGACCACAUCUAGUGCGCAAAAAGCAUAUGGACUCAUCGACAACAUUUGAUGAGUGCGUUGAGCGUGGUGGGUCAGAUUGUCAAGCAAAUCUUCUGUGGUUACAAAUUCCUUUCCUGUGCGGUCAAUCAGCCGACUGCUGGAUUCCAGGAAGUGAGUGGGCAUUGCGACAGGCCAAACGUAAUGUUCUUGAAAAAUACACUUUAGUUGGAGUCACCGAACAAAUGGGAGAAUAUCUACAGAUGCUUGAACUCGUGAUUCCUGGUGGGAUGUUUCGCAAUGCUUCUGAACAUUUCAAACACAGCUCCAAGUCACAUCUAAGAAAGACCGCUAAGAAAUAUCCUGUCUCUCGGAAGACCAUACAAAAAUUUCAUGAAUCAACAGUUUGGCAAAUGGAAAAUGAAUUAUAUGCAUUUGUUGCCAGAGAGUUUGCUUUUGCAUAUGCUAAGCAGUUUCCAAACAUUUCAUCAGGACAUUCUGGUACUAUGAAAAAACAUUUAAAAAUUAGUGCCAUACCUCCACCUAGUUUCCGAUAUGAGAAAAUAUAUCCAAAGCCAUCAAAUCAACAAAAAAAGAAAAAAAACACUGCCCGUGUGUAACAAAUUUUAUUUUAUGAGCUUUAAUAAAUGACUAUACACAGUAGUACCCAUGAUGAAAAUAGAGUACUACUUAAUAAUAUUUUUCAAUGUAUUUAUAAUAUUAUGUACAUGUAUAUCUUAAAUCCGUCUUGUAUAUUAUUAUUAAACUAUGUUUUCUACAUUUGUAUUGACGCCAAAAGUUAUUAUUUAUAAUGAUUAAUUUGUUUUAAAUGUUAUCUGUUGAACGGUUGUAUUAUUUUUGUGUCUGUAUAAAUUUAACUUGAUAUCAAGUACCUAGUAUAGUCAAAACAGUUAUUUUUAUACUAGUAGAGAAUAAUAGUUAUAGAACAACCAAUAUUGACUGAAUUUGUAAUAUUUAUUGUUUGUUAAUUUAUACUUUUUAUCAUUUGUUCUUGAAAAGAAAUAAAAAUGGGGAUUUAGAUUUAA